UAUCACUUAGUUAAAUUAACUUGAAAGAAAAGGCGUCCUUGAGCGUCUUGUAGAGAAAUGAUGUUCACUCACUGGUAAUGUUCAUACUCUAUAUUUGGCCGUGAUGGUUCGAACCGGAAGUGGACAUGUAAGUGUGGCAGUCCAUGGAAACCGCGCCUUAGCGAAAAAACUUCAAGAUGGCGUGAGGAGAGCAGUUAUUGCGGAAGAGCGAUGGUAGCGUUUCAGUGACACCUAGGACCUUUCCAUGAGGGUUUUUCGCAAGAUAUUUAAUGCUAAGCAUUUCCGUGCGGGAGCAGAUCAAAGUGAACCCCGGUAGGGUUCACGGAAUGCGCAAAAUGUUCUCGCCAUCAUGCGUUCUCGCCGUCCUGCUCAUUUUGAGCUCCUUCGAGGCGAGCUGGCAAGGAAAACAUGGAAAGAAAGGAAGCUAUAGCGUCCCUCUUUUGCGGACGAAAAGAGAUUUACGAGAUAGCCGUGGAAAUCCAACUGAAAAUCUCAAAGGCCGUCCUGGUCAAGGUUAUUACAUUUCGACUGAUCUUGGAACCCCCGCUCAGAGAAUAAAUGUUCUUGUUGAUACUGGAAGUAGUAAUUUUGCAGUUGCAGCCUCACCACAUCCCUAUCUUCCUUUCUACUAUCACACAGACAAGUCGACUUCAUAUCAAGAUCUGAACAGACCUGUGGCUGUGCCCUACACUCAGGGGAACUGGGAGGGAAAGUUAGGAUCUGAUGUUCUACGUUUUGUUGAGGGGCCAAAUGCCACUGUGCGUGUCAAUGUGGCAGCCAUUCUGUCUUCUGAGAAUUUCUACAUCAAUGGAUCAAUGUGGGAAGGUAUCCUUGGGCUUGGAUAUGCGAGAUUAUCUAAGCCUGAUUCAAGUGUGCUUCCAGUCUUUGAUCAAUUUGUCAAUGACGGAGUUGUAAAGGAUUCUUUUUCCAUGCAGUUGUGUGGCAGUAGUGAGAUUGAUUUUUCUUCUGAACCAACUGUAGCUGGAACUAUGGUUUUUGGUGAAGUUGAUAAUGACUUAUAUGAAGGUGAUCUUCUAUACACUCCAGUAGUAAAGAAGUGGUACUAUGAAGUCGUCAUAACUGAUAUUGCAGUUGGUGGAGAAAGUUUAGCUUUAGAUUGUAAAAAGUACAAUUAUGACAAGACGAUAGUGGACAGUGGUACAACAAACUUAAGAGUUUCAGAAGAAGUAUUUGAUGCCAUUCUUGAUAGACUCAAGAAAUUUGACAAGCUGGGUGUACCAGAUGAGUUUUGGAUUGGCCGACAAAUGAUGUGUUGGAACUACGACAAGACCCCAUGGGAAGAAUUCCCAGAUAUGUCCAUUUCACUUCUUUCCUCCAUUAGCAAUUCCAAGGAGUUCAGGCUUAAGAUACCGCCGCAGCUUUACUUGAGAGAAACAAUUGAACGUGGACCUCUUCCUGGACAGCACUGUUAUAAGUUUGCAAUCACUAAAGCUGACAAAGGCACAGUUAUAGGAGCAGUGAUUAUGGAAGGCUUUUAUGUGGUUUUUGACAGAGAAAAUGUGCAAGUGGGCUUUGCUGCAACAACCUGUGGAGCUGAAGGUCGUCUCAACCCCAGUUCUGAAGUAUCUGGGCCAUUCAGUAGAGAUGCAGUUGACUGUGAAUAUAUAGAAACAGAAAGCUCAGAUACUGCCCUUCUCACAGUUGCGUACGUCAUGGCCGGUGUGUGUGGCCUCUGUCUUUUGCCGAUUUUUGUUCUCUUGGGACAAGCAAGUUGUAAGAAGCGUAGACAACAGCAUCAACCACUCGCCAGAUCCGAAACAGAAGUUGCAACAGAUAGCACACGCCUUAGAAAUGACUUCUAAUACAUGUAAAUAUUUGUAUAAAACAGUACCGUUUAUUUUGUUAAACAGCCAAGAAGAGGCUCAGAAUAGUAAUGGGUUGGCAAUCUAAAUUUGGUAAAAAAAAUAAUUAAGGGUGUUUUAUAAAUUACCAGGUAUAUUAAUUGGCUAUAAAUAAGUAGUAGAUUAAAAUAAAAUCUUAAAUAACUGCAUUUUUUCUUUUAUUUAAACAAGGGAAAAUAUACAAGAACCUAAACCAGUGUUAGAAAAAUUCUAUUACAUUGUUUCCACUAUUUUAUAAAUGGGAUAGUAUAAAAUUUAUAUGAUAGAAAGAAAAUUAGAACAAAGUUAAACAGUUAUUAGGCAGUCGUUAGUUUUUAGGACAUCUGUCCUCAUAAUCAACAUGUAUGAUGAUAACAUAAGAUUGUGUAGAAUACUUCUCUAAUAAUUAUUACACGAAACAAAAUGAUUUAGUGACAGAAUCAUUACAAAAUAGGGCAGAUAGGGUAUCUAAGUAGGAAACAUGGUGUUUAAACAAUAAUCAGUGGAAAAGACAGACUCUCAUUAGUGGAAGUUCUUUGAAUUGUUUUCAUUUAAGAGUUGACUCCUCACUGAUUCCCAUAUUAUUUAAUGGUUCUAUUUAAUGUGUAGUUCCAGAAUCCCUACCUCCCCCAUGGAAGGGAUUUUUUUUCUAAGACCCUCCCCCUUGAAUCCCUCUGGAAAUUCUAAUUGAGCUUCAUACAUUUCUUUAUAUGUUUUGGUGUUACAGAACCCCCAGGCCCAGGA